GCGCAGGCGCAGAGUGAAACGCGUCCGGGGCCUGCAGCACAGUGGAGCGAUUAGCUCGUCAUGGCGCGGAUCGGUGUGUUUUCUCUCUUGCUCCUACCGGUUUUGAUUCAGUCUGUCGCGUCGAUCUCAUUCUACCUGCCGGUGCGCAGCAGAAAGUGUCUGCGGGAGGAGAUCCAUAAAGACGUGCUCGUUACCGGAGAAUACGAGAUCAGCGAGCAGACCAACACGAAAACCAACCUGAAGAUCACAGACUCCUCUGGACACAUCCUCUACUCGAAAGAAGAUGCGACCAAAGGCAAGUUUGCCUUCACCACAGAGGACUAUGAUAUGUUUGAAGUGUGCUUUGAAAGCAAAUCGCCCAUGGGAACUGGAAGAGUUCCGGACCAGCAGAUCAACUUAGACAUGAAGCACGGUGUUGAGGCCAAAAAUUAUGAAGAGAUUGCCAAGGUAGAGAAAUUGAAGCCCCUGGAGGUGGAGCUCCGUCGGUUGGAGGACCUUUCUGAGUCCAUUGUCAAUGAUUUUGCCUACAUGAAGAAGAGAGAGGAGGAGAUGAGAGAUACUAAUGAGUCCACAAACACGCGUGUGCUGUACUUCAGCAUUUUUUCCAUGUGCUGUCUCAUUGGUCUGGCCACGUGGCAGGUGUUCUACCUGCGCCGUUUCUUCAAGGCCAAGAAGCUCAUUGAAUAAAAUCUGCCUGAACAAUCAGGGACCCAGAACUACUUCCUGACAUCAGAACCUCCAGCCCCUGACAUUUGCUUUGCCAUGGCAAUUUAUUCCGGUUGCCACGGGCGACCUGAAGUUUAUCGGGAGUGCAUCAGGGAAUUCUCUGGGAAGUCAAUGAUGCUUGGCGGCCAAAUUGUCUUUCAGUGCGUGUACAUUUUUGAUACAAGCUCGCUCUGUAUAAUUUGGACAAACCACCCAGUUUUCUUUUUUUGGGGGGGAUUCUUGUAUUUAUACUAAAUGACAGCACAAGCCCCUAUAACUGAUAAUAUAUAUGCUCCUGUUCUGUGAGAGAAACUAAGAACUGCUUUAGUGGUCUUCUGUCAGUCAUGAAUGUGUGUGUUAAUAAUGACUAUUAAUUCAAUUGUUCUGGUUUAACAUAUUCCGGCUCUAAGUUUUUGCUAUUAUUUGGAAGGAUGGAUUGAUGGUGUCACAAAGACUGAUGUGUUUAACCAUCUUAUUCAAAUGCCAAUUGUUUGGAAAUCGAAAGCCAUUUUAAAAUUUAAAAAGUCCCACUAACUGCAAAUAAAGCGAGUGAAUGCACAUCAAUAACUUUACAUCAGAGCUUAAAGCUGUCACAGAUCAGUCUAGCUUUCCAAAUUAUUAUUAUUUUUUAUUUUUUUGCAGUUUUAUUUUGUGGUGCAGAAUAUUUUUAGUGUGUAUUUGCUUAUGGGAAAGUUUUAAGUUGAUCGCUAAAUUGGUUUUUGUUUUGUUGAUGUCGAUUGUUAAUUUUUGGUUUCUCCACAGAUUGAAAUGUCCAAUAUAGCAAAACUAAAUCUGCUGUGGGUUAAAGGUGAUGCGAAAUGCCAUAUCUGAUCCAUCAAUUCUGUUAACAGUUUUCAAAAUUGUAUUUGUUACAGGAUCUACCUGAAUUUGAUAUCAUACAGACCAAACAAAACUUUCACUUAGUAUUUGCUCCUCUUUUGAAAAGUUUUAAUGGAAUAGUGGUUACAUGAGUCAUGGGUGGACGGUAUGGAUCUGAUUUACUAUUAUUAUUUGCUGCCAGUUGUUUAAUUUUGUCCAGUGUUCAAUCAUUUCCAACAGCAAUGUUUAUUUUCUUCAGAUUAAUUUAGGUGUAACUGGAUUUCAGAAAUAUAAUUGGUUUGUCAUUCAAUAAAAAUUGUUAGUAAAGUACUUGAGUUU